UCUGCCGUGGGGGGUUUACGUGAGUUGUGCUAAAAAUUCGUUCGGCGUCACAUGUAAGCACGAUGGAUGUUCUUCCGAGCGGUAACCUAUUCCGCGAGUUGCAAGACGUAACGGACACCGGCUAUUUCGAAUGGAAGCUGUCCCUUGAGGACUACUGGCAACAGACAUGCUACGAAAUGGAGCGGUACCUCCGAGAGGAGCCCCGGGGGAAGCGACGGGAGCCGGCCCAGGAGGAGGCGUGGGCGAGGUCGGAGACCGCCUCCCCCCCAUCGCCGCAAUCAUCACCCGCCCAGAGGGUGUUCACCGUCACCGUGGUGAAGGCUGAACCUCAGAGCGAUUCCGACGAACCUAGAGAAGAGCCCGUGUGCCCUGCGCCGAUCCGACGGCCGCCUGUAGCUCGCCAGGCCGCCACCCCCGCGCCCGCAACGGAUCCGCGCCGUCGCGUCCAUCGCUGCGAGUUCCCCGCCUGCGACAAAGUCUAUACUAAAAGUUCGCAUCUAAAGGCGCAUAAGAGGACGCAUACGGGUGAGAAGCCGUACAAGUGUUCGUGGGAAGGUUGCGAGUGGCGCUUCGCCCGGUCCGACGAGCUGACCAGACAUUACCGCAAGCACACUGGCGCGAAACCUUUCCGCUGCCGCCACUGCGAGCGAUGUUUCUCCCGCUCCGAUCAUCUCGCGCUUCACGCCAAGCGCCACACGUAGUUAGCUAUCCAACCUGCCACUCCCCAGGCGCGACGACAUUAAGCCGAACCCAAAAGCGAUCCCGACUUGUUUCUUUUAGCCUAAAACACCGGCGUGCGCCGUUUGUUUUCUCAGCAUGAUUACGUUUGUUGUGAUUUAUUUAAACUGAUUGAUUGAUUGCUCGUUCGUUUAGGUUAACGCGGUUUGUUUAGCGCGCCCCUGGGGAGGAUGUGUUCACAGAGCGUUGCAAGCCAAAGAAUAUCGCUACGAUCCGUAGCCGAGUCAACACUCAUUGCACCUAAUGCUUUAAAGUUAUUUUUAAUUCCUUUUUUAUUGAUUUUUAUCGUCGAAAAAGUUUAAAAUCUUUGAUGUUUUGGCCUCUAUCGUUGCGGUACUUUGUUGCAAUAUGGAAACAUUUUAUAUUUGCCGUUGUUUAUUAUGUAAAAGAUUUUGUAAGCUUUGUGUACAGAGAGGUUUUGUUUUUUUUAUGUGGCGCGGUCGCAAAGCGGCCGUGCGCCGAAAGUUGUGCCAUCGUUAUCUUAGCGGUCGACGUGCGGGGGGCAUCGCGGUGCGGAGUAGCAACGCAAACCGCUCGCAAGUCGCAUGCGCCGCGUGCCCUUCGUCAACUCGCAUUUCACAUCACGUGACAUAUUAUUUAUUGAAACGCGGGAUGUUCGGCAGAUAUUCCCACCGACGCCCAGCACAACCUUAGUUUUAAGCUUAGUAGGAUGUGCGUCGCGUUACCUGAUGUUGUGUCGAUGUUUCGAAACAUUCAUUGGCAGAAUUUGCAAUUUUAUUAAUUCAUCUUUAUCGACAUUAACUUACCACAUUCUACCAUAAAUUGUCAUACCAUCUCGGUCGCUGGCUGUUUCGAAAUAUUGACAAUAACUUGUAUCUUUAUUUUGUACUGUGUUUAUUUUUUAAGUUUUUGAUGUAAGCGAUGUAUUUACGUUAAGCUUUCUUUUUACUCUUUCAUUCCGAUUUGUGAGCCCCGCGGUGUUCCUUACGGUUUUUGUUACAUCUGUAAGGAAAUGUUUGCUUAUUUGUCGUCCACUGCGGGGCUUCAUUUAGAUUAUAGCUGGUACGCCUCUGCACACGUAGUAUUAUUAGGAAACUUAAUAUAUUUUUGUCUAAAUAAUAAUAUGUUUAUAUUCAUAAAGUUGAAUACGUAAUGGUAAUACAUACAUUUUGAAUUUACAUGAGUUAUGUGUGUAGAGGCGUUGAUAAACAUAAUUUUAUUGACAAGUUGAUUCUGAAACACAGUCGCUAUUUUUUAGUCAAAUUUCUUAAAUGUAAGGUUCAGCUUUGUGGUAGAUGUCGAUGUUUAUAUUGAUGUGAUAUUAAAGUCUUAUAAAAAAUCAACACAGACUAUUAAUACAAAAAGGAUUUCGAUCGAUAAAAUUUGACAUCGAAAUUACAGCACAUCCUUACAUUCAUUUAUUCCACAAUAAAAAAAUAACAUAAUAAAGGACAUGAAAUAGAAUCAAUAGAAAUACUUUGCUUCACAACGACAAAGUGAAAGACUUUGUGGAUACAGGGUGUUGUAAUAAUAGUGUUUUCAAAACGGGCUCAACAUUAUAGCAAAAUUUUGACAUAAACGAGUAACAAUUUCCCAUAAUUCUUUUUGAUGUGUUUUUUAUUGAUUCAUAAUCUAAGUACAACGACUGUUUUUACUGACUACUUAAAUAAAAUUGUAAUAGGGCGAGAUUUCUUUAGUGACUGGUAUAAGAUAUUCCAUUGAUCGAAUCUUCGUGCUAUAGAUAAUUCUAGACAAGCCGGGGGCCAAUACUAUUGUCUUCCCGAAUUUGACAAAAUUUUAACAUUAAACGUUCACGGGAGUUACGACGAUAUUUAAGUUUUGGAAUUAAUAUGCCCUUAAAAUGAUCAUUGAAAUUUAAAUAUAAUACGCAUAGUAAAUUCGUGUGCACUAAAUUGCCAAAUGCACUAAUAUUUUAGGUAUAAAAAAAUGAAAAUAGAAAAGAUUUUUAACGCCAUUG